AUGGGUGAAACGGACGAAGAAACCGCAACCCCCAAACCAAACCUGCCAUGGAAGCUGAAGCUCUUUUUAGGAGCAAUUUCUUGGGUCAUCGAGCGCUCUCUCCGCCCCAAUAUGACCGUCAACCGCCGCCUCAUCAACUUCUUUGACCCAAAAAUUCCUCCCUCUCCCAAUCCCCGACGCGGUUCUGAUAGCGUUGCUUCCUCCGACAUCACCGUUGACCAUUCUCGCAAUCUCUGGUUCCGCCUCUUCAACCCAAGCCCCACUACCAGUACUGGCAGUGACAACGGCGUAUCCGGCAUGCCCAUCAUCGUCUUUUACCACGGCGGCGGCUUCGCCAUUGGCCACGCCAACUCAAUGAUUGUUGACACUGCGGCACGCCGACUCUCGCGAGAACUUCGAGCCAUCAUUGUUUCCGUAAACUACAGACUCGCGCCGAAACAUCGGCUUCCGUGCCAGUACGAAGACGGGUUCGACGUGCUGAGAUUCAUCGACGAAAUGGACACCGAAGGUUUACCAGCCAAUGCUGAUCUUAGCCGUUGUUUCCUAGCCGGAGAGAGUGCCGGAGGGAACCUGGCCCACCAAGUGGCGGUUAGAGCUGCCGAGCACGACUUCAAGAGGGUGAACCUCCUCGGGCUCAUAGCCAUACAACCAUUUUUUGGAGGGGAGGACCGAGUUAAAUCGGAGAUACGAUUUUCCCGGGGUCCUUUUCUGACAUUGGAUGCGAUAGACUGGUAUUGGAGGGCUUUCUUGCCGGAGGGGACGGACAGGGACCAUGCGGCGGUAAAUGUAUUCGGACCUAAUGCGGUUGACAUCUCAGGAUUGAGAUUCCCUCCCACGCUUCUUUUCAUCGGAGGGUGUGACCCGUUACGUGAUCGGAAUAUAAUGUACUACGAAGGGCUGAAGAAAUCUGGGAAACAAGUGUAUGUGGUCGAGUAUCCGAAUGCUGUGCAUGGCUUUUCAGGUUUCAAGGAGAUACCCGAGUCUUGUUUGUUCUUGCGGGAAGUGAAGGAUUUCAUGGAGAUGCAGAUGGCCAAAGAAAAGGUGUAA